AUGCACACGAUCGUCUCCAAAAUGGCAACUAUAAGGGAUCCCAAGCAGAUACUUCCGAGAUUCAGUGUCACGGCUCGCAGCCACGCCCCCAUCGUGAUGAACGGCGUGUUGGCGGCAUUUUUCCACGCCGCGACGGUCCCGGCCGUCGUGACGCCGAUGAUAUUGCGCAGUACGAAGGUGGCCCAGAAGUAGAUGAGCAGCAUACCGCACAGCACGCCAACUAUCGCACCCGACUUGUACUUGAGGU